AUAUAAGCGUCGGGUCACUUGAGAAGCUCCACACUCACUCUCGAUUGUCUUUCAGGCCAACAUGAUCUCGAAGGCGGUGUUGUGUGCCUUGGUGGUGGUUGUGGGAGCCGCGGAGCUCCCAUCUACCUCUUACGGCCCACCUAGGAGAGGCAGUGGAGGUUCUCCUGCUGGAGGCUUUGGGGGCGCACCUGGUGGGGGCUUCGGGGGUGCACCUGGUGGGGGUUUCGGAGGUGCACCUGGUGGGGGUUUCGGAGGUGCACCUGGUGGGGGUUUCGGAGGUGCACCUGGUAGUGGGGGCUUUGGGGGCGCACCUGGUAGUGGGGGCUUUAGGGGUGCAGGUAGCGGAGGUUUCGGAAGCUCGGCUACUGGAGGAUUCGGAGGAGCUGGCGGAGGCUUUAGAGGCGCAGCGAGUGGAGGCUUCGGGGGUGCAGCAAGUGGAAGCUCUGCCAGGGGAAGCUACCAACCUUCAGGUCCUGUAGUCCCCAUCCUGAGGGACGAGCGUCAGGGACCUGAUGAGUUCGGCAACUACAACUUCGAGUUCGAGACUGGUGACGGCAUCAGUCGUCAUGAGCAGGGCGCCCCCCAGGGGGAGACUGGCGCCGUGGCGUCUCAGGGAGGAUGGUCGUUUACGUUCCCUGAUGGAACUCCCGCUGUCUUCAACUUCGUAGCAGACGAGUACGGCUACCGCGUGGAGUCUGACCUGCUGCCCACGCCCCCGCCCCUCCCCGCCCACGCCAUCGCCCAGAUCGAGAAGGCUCGUCAGGAGGACGCCGCCGCGGCUGCUUCAGGUGGACGUGGAUCAUAUGGAGGCUCAACUGGCGGAGGCUUCGGAGGGUCAACUGGUGGAGGCUUCGGAGGUUCAACUGGCGGAGGCUUCGGAGGCUCAACUGGUGGAGGCUUCGGAGGUUCAACUGCGGGUGGCUUUGGAGGGUCAACUGGUGGAGGCUUUGGAGGCUCAACUGGUGGAGGCUUUGGAGGCUCAGCUGGUGGAGGCUUCGGAGGUUCAACUGGUGGAGGCUUUGGAGGCUCAACUGGUGGAGGCUUCGGAGGUUCAACUGGUGGAGGCUUCGGAGGCUCUGGUGCAGCCAGCGCCCCUCGUCCUCAGACUCCCAGCAGGUUCUACGGCGCCCCUUGAGUCUCUUCAUCCUGUAUCUGUUGACAUGAUUCUAUAAGACUCCUACCUUGAAGUCCUUCAGCACAGAUUACUUCCUCACUUUAGGUAUCCUUCAGUUGUGUUGGUCACAUCCUGCUGGGUCUUCCUCCUCCCACCACUGUCAUGUCAACACAGCCUCAUGUUACCCCGAGGCUCUGUUUACCUUACCGGAUAUAUCCACCAUACGCUUAUUA